GCACGCAGCCUCUGAGACAUACACCUGUAAGCACUGCAGAGAGAGCCACAUCAAGAGACAAAGAAAAGCCAAAGAUCAUGGUGUCUGCCGGGCUUCAGUUACUGGGCACUGCCCUGGCCAUCUUAGGAUGGAUCGGUGUCAUUGUGGUCUGUGCUAUUCCCAUGUGGAAAGUCACAGCUUUCAUUGGCAGCAACAUCAUCACGGCGCAGACAUCAUGGGAAGGAAUCUGGAUGAACUGUGUCGUGCAGAGCACCGGACAGAUGCAGUGUAAAGUCUAUGACUCCAUGCUGGCCCUCUCCUCAGACCUUCAGGCAGCCCGUGCCCUCACCAUCAUUUCCAUCGUAAUUGGGAUCCUGGGCAUCAUGCUGGCCAUGGCUGGAGGCAAAUGCACCAAUUGCGUCGAGGACGAGAGCUCCAAAUCCAAGGUCGGUAUCACUGCCGGUGUGAUUUUCGUCAUUGCUGGGGUGCUGUGUCUGAUCCCGGUGUGCUGGACAGCCCACGUCAUCAUCCAGGACUUCUACAACCCCUUGUUGAACCAAGCACAGAAGAGAGAGCUGGGAGCAGCGCUUUACAUCGGCUGGGGAGCCGCUGCGCUGUUGAUCAUUGGGGGAGGUUUGCUCUGCUGCAGCUGCCCACCAAAGGAGAAAACGGGAUAAUACACAGCCAAAUAUAACGCUCCAUCUCGGUCUGAAGCUUCUGCACCAUCCGGCAAGAACUUUGUGUAAAUGAUGAACUCUGAAA